AAAACGACGUCUCUCCAUCCUCAGAGGAAACAAUCCCCCGUCGUCUGAUUCAAACUCCAUAACCUAUGCAGCUCACCCUUGAAUUCGGCGGUGGACUGGAACUUCUGUGUGAAUCUGUAAAGAUACAUGAGGUGACUGUUGACCUUGAAGCUGAAGAAACGAAGUUAACCAUGAAGCAAUUGCUCUCGUGGGUACGUACAAAUUUGAUCAAGGAAAGGCCUGAGAUGUUCAUGAAAGGAGACACUGUGAGACCCGGAGUUUUGGUCCUUGUGAAUGACUGUGAUUGGGAACUAAGUGGGCAGCUCGAGACAAUGCUCGAAGAUAAAGAUGUCGUUGUUUUCAUAUCAACGUUGCAUGGUGGAUAAAAUAACCUAUUUACCUCCUCAUCAACCAAACCAUCAUAUAUAUUCAGAACUCGGAUUAAAUCGUGUAAGGCUCCUGAUUCUAAGCUUUCGUAGUUAUAUAUCUAAAUCCAGACCUAAUUACUCUCUGCUUUUAAUUUUUAAGUAUUUUGGCACUCACGCACAAAAACACACACAGACACGCGGUCUUGAUGUGGACAUAGAUUUGUUCGUUUUGGUUCAUGCGGGCUUCAAGUUAGGAAAGCAACGUUGCCUAUAUCUGGUAAUGGAAUGAUUUGGUGUGGAAGUUUCGAAUAUCAUGUCAAGUUUCGACACGUUUGUGCUAUAUGGGUCGUGGGAAAACAUAUUUCUUUUCGAAAUUGUAUGCUUGUCUGAAAAUUUCAAAGUCAUACAGAAAAUUGAAUAGGGUUGCAAAGGUAUCUUUUUCUAGAUGUGAUGUUAUGUUGGGUUACCAGAAUUGUGGCUGCCCAACUCCACACCACAUGGGGUU